AUGCGCUGCAAUAUUAGACGAAUAUUCACCUUUGCCUUUGGUGCAUUUGGCGCUACUCUUGUGCUUCUUUCACUUCCUCGUGACAACUUUGGACGGGAGUGGGAUGAAUCACCGAAGUCGAGUGAGUUGCAGUCGCAGAGUGCUUUUGUUGGCAAAGAUGCGGCUUUCCGAAAUGCUCGUGCUGGACCCCAGAUGUCGUUCCAAAAGCAACCAAAUCCACCCAACUUUCCGGCGUACGUCAAUCGGAUUUUGCUAAACAAACUGCACAAUUUCCUCAAUGGAAGGGAUCUCGUGGCGAUGGCCGCAUCCGAGUGUCACGAGAACACCACAUUAGCCGAAUAUUGGAUGAAAACGAAGCAAAAAUCCGUGCCAACUCGAGAUUCUUGGGAGAAAUUUUACGCUCAGAUUGGAACCUGCAGUGUCUACAACAACGAUCAGACUGUGGACGAUCUCCUCGCUGAUUUAAACACAGCUACCAUCAAAGCUGUUCAUAUAAUGGAUGGUGGAACUCAGGCGAAGCUCGUGUUCACAUUCGAAAAUGACAAGCAGGCAGUAUUCAAGCCAAUGAGGUUUGGUCGCGAUUAUGAGUCGGAUCCAAAUCACUUCUACUUCAGCGACUUUGAGCGGCAUAACGCUGAAAUAGCCACUUUCCAUCUGGACAGGGUUCUUGGCUUUCGACGCGCCGUGCCUACCGUGGGAAGGAUUGUGAACAUGACGUCUGAAUUGUACGAAAAGGCAGAGAAAAAGCUAAAGAAAACGUUCUUCAUUUCACCUGGUGAGUUGAUAACUGAAAAGCAACUUCUGCCGUAUGGUGUAAUCUUAUGUGAUUUAUUACAUAAUACCAGAACGUCAAAAAAUCAUUGCUUCGUAUCGCGAUGCGACUACUACUGCGAUACGACGCACGCUAUCUGUGGGUUACCUGAUCUCAAAGAGGGUUCGGUGCAGGUUUUCCUUCCCGAUGAAUCCGUUGUUCCAAGAAGGCAUAAUCGAAGUCCAUAUAGGAGAACUUACUCGAAGAAGAACCAAGUGGCUGAAUGGCAAUCAAAUAUGAACUACUGCACAGACAAAGUGAAAGUGAAGAAACAAUAUGCUCAUGGUCGGAAGCUCUUAGAUCUCAUUGAUCUACACAUACUAGAUUAUCUAAUAGGUAAAGAGAAUUAGAU